GCACUGAGCUGACUCGGAUGCCUUGGAGGCACGUGGUCGGUGCACACCCAGCGAUGCUGGGCAGCAGAAUGCAUGAGGAAGAGAGAGAAGGAAACGUGACCAGACAGAGACGAAGCCUGAGUCAGGGAGGACGGGCGGGAACGACGAGCCGCUGCGCCCCUGCCCUGUGGGACGACCGGGGUCGGCGUGGGGCACGCCGAGCCACCCCGGGGCCCGACCAUCCUCUGCAGCUUGCGGUGCAAGGACCGGGUCGCGGCCGUCGCCAUCCGCACGAGCGGCAGGGCGAGCCGCAUCCUCGGGGUGCAGGGAACCCCUCCCUCCCCGAGCAGGGCCGGCCUGCGUCUGCGCACGGCAUGCCCCGACUCCCGGCGUGCCCCGCGCGCGGCCGGGCGGAAGCAGGCGUGGCGCCCCGAGAGUGCGCGAGCGUGCUGGGCGGGACUUCCGGCCGGCCUCCCGGACAUGAAGCCCCCUGAGGCCUGAGGCGGAACUUGGAAAAGCCCACCAUGUGGCUGCCCCUGCAACUGCUCUGGCUUGCUCUGGCCUGCUCCUGUGUGCACGCUACCCUGUCCAAGUCAGAUGCCAAGAAGGCUGCCCAGAAGACACUGAGUGAGAAGACACACUUGUCCGAGAGGCCUGUCCAGGAGCGAGGGCUGGUGGUGACAGAUCCCAGCGCCGAGGACGUGGUGCUGGAGCAUCGCAGCUACUGUGCGGCCCAGGCCCGGGAGAGACACUUUGCUGGGGAGGUCCUGGGCUACGUCACCCCGUGGAACAGCCAUGGCUACGAAAUCGCCAAGGUCUUCGGGAGCAAGUUUACGCAGAUCUCACCAGUCUGGCUGCAGCUCAAGAGACGUGGCCGCGAGAUGUUUGAGGUCACGGGCCUGCACGACGUGGACCAAGGGUGGAUGCGAGCUGUGCGGAAGCACGCCAAGAACCUGCGCAUCGUGCCGCGGCUGCUGUUUGAAGACUGGACUUUGGACGACUUCCGCAGUGUCCUGGACAGUGAGGACGAGGUGGAGGAGCUCAGUAAGACUGUGGUCCAGGUGGCCAAGGGUCAGCACUUCGAUGGCUUUGUGGUGGAGGUGUGGAGCCAGUUGCUGAGCCAGAAGCAUGAAGGCCUCAUCCACAUGCUGACCCACGUGGCCGAGGCACUGCGCCAGGCCCGGCUACAGUGCAUCCUGGUCAUCCCGCCCGCGGUCACUCCCGGGACUGACCGGCUGGGCACGUUCACACACAAGGAGUUUGAGCAGCUGGCUCCCGUGAUGGAUGGCUUCAGCCUCAUGACCUAUGACUUCUCUGCCUCAUCACAGCAACCUGGCCCCAACGCCCCACUGUCCUGGGUUCGAGCCUGUGUACAAGUCUUGGACCCCAAGUCAAAAUGGCGGGGCAAGAUCCUUCUGGGACUCAACUUCUACGGCAUGGACUAUGCAGCUGCCAAGGAUGCCCGGGAGCCCGUCGUGGGGGCCAGGUACAUCCAGACCCUGAAGGAACACAAGCCCAGACUAACGUGGGACAGCCAGGCAGCAGAGCACUUCUUCCAGUACAAGAGGAGCCGAGGUGGACGGCGCAUCGUCUUCUACCCUACCCUGCAGUCCCUGCAGGUACGGCUGGAGCUGGCCCAGGAGCUGGGCGUCGGUGUGUCCAUCUGGGAGCUGGGCCAAGGUCUGGACUACUUCUACGACCUGCUCUAGGACAGGCCCAUGGGGACACACGCUCCCAAGCCAUGGAACAGUCGGUGCAAAAUACAGGCGUGUGCUCUGUGC